ACGUCCAGAAUCUCGGGUCUUUGUUUUCCCCGCGUAGUAGUAGCCGCUCAGCAAGGAUUAGGGAGCUACCUGUCGGAAAACCUCGCGCAAGGAGAGAAGCUGGUUUUGGCUCCAAAGCGAGGACCGAGGGGGCUUGGGGAGAGUCACAUUGCGCUGGAGAGACGGAGUCCGAGGGGCAGUAGUAACGAGCUUCCUGAGGACUGGCUCGGGUGUCGGCCAGAGGCUCCAGGUGCUGCUGGUUCGCGGACGCAGAGCUCUCAGCUCAAGGAGCGGCGGCUGCGGGAUUCUGGCCUCUUUUGUCUCCGCUCCCUGCGGCCGGGUAACCCGGAGCUGUCGUGCAGUCCCUCCAGAGGCCUCUGACCCGGCUAAGGAGCCCUGAGGGCGCCCUCCAGCCCACCCCUGGGAGAGUCUACCUCUCGAGCUGCCCCUCAACCCCCUCGCAUCCUUGCCUCCGGGCCAGCCUCACCCACUCGGGAUCCGACCCCGGCCCCGGCUCUGGCCCCGGCUCUCCAGCCUCCCAAGUACAGCUCCCAAACCGGAAGUCCGAGCGGCCGGCUCGGGGCACCGAGGGCGCAUGCGCGAGGGCAGCGACCGCGACUCAGUCUCCGCGGAGCCCGGGCGGGAGUAGCGGGUGGACCCCGUGGAGCCGCCGAACUUCCGGGACUCCCCCGCGACCCCUUCCCAGCUUCCCGUCCGCUCCGCCGCAGCGAUUGUCUCGGUGGGUUGAUUCGGCACAAACCGCCCGACCCAGGGGCCGGCGCGCGUGUGGAAGGGGAAGCACUCCCCUCGUGGUCGCCUGGAGGUGCGCUGGAGGAGGGGGUGUCAUAACCAGGGACUCGAGGUCCGCCGUGGGAAUGAUCCACGAACUACUCUUGGCUCUGAGCGGGUACCCUGGGUCCAUUUUCACCUGGAAUAAGCGGAGUGGCCUGCAGGUAUCGCAGGACUUCCCUUUCCUCCACCCCAGUGAGACCAGUGUCCUGAAUCGACUCUGCCGGCUCGGCACAGACUAUAUUCGCUUCACUGAGUUCAUUGAACAGUACACGGGCCAUGUGCAACAACAGGAUCACCAUCCAUCUCAACAGGGCCAAGGUGGGUUACAUGGAAUCUACCUGAGGGCCUUCUGCACAGGGCUGGAUUCUGUUUUGCAGCCUUAUCGCCAAGCACUGCUUGAUUUGGAACAAGAGUUCCUGGGUGAUCCCCAUCUCUCCAUAUCACAUGUCAACUACUCCCUAGACCAGUUCCAGCUUCUUUUUCCCUCUGUGAUGGUUGUAGUAGAACAAAUUAAAAGUCAAAAGAUUCAUGGUUGUCAAAUCCUGGAAACAGUCUACAAACACAGCUGUGGGGGGUUGCCUCCUGUUCGAAGUGCACUGGAAAAAAUCCUGGCCGUUUGUCAUGGGGUCAUGUAUAAACAGCUCUCAGCCUGGAUGCUCCAUGGACUCCUCUUGGACCAGCAUGAAGAAUUCUUUAUCAAACAGGGUCCAUCUUCUGGUAAUGUCAGUGCUCAGCCAGAAGAGGACGAGGAGGAUCUGGGCAUUGGGGGACUGACAGGAAAACAACUGAGAGAACUCCAGGACUUGCGCCUGAUUGAGGAAGAGAACAUGCUGGCACCAUCUCUGAAGCAGUUUUCCCUACGAGUGGAGAUUUUGCCAUCCUACAUUCCAGUGAGGGUUGCUGAAAAAAUCCUAUUUGUUGGAGAAUCUGUCCAGAUGUUUGAGAAUCAAAAUGUGAACCUGACUAGAAAAGGAUCCAUUUUGAAAAACCAGGAGGACACUUUUGCUGCAGAGCUGCACCGUCUCAAGCAACAGCCACUCUUCAGCUUGGUGGACUUUGAACAGGUGGUGGAUCGCAUUCGCAGCACUGUGGCUGAGCAUCUCUGGAAGUUGAUGGUAGAAGAAUCGGAUUUACUGGGUCAGCUGAAGAUCAUUAAAGACUUUUACCUUCUGGGACGUGGAGAACUGUUUCAGGCCUUCAUUGACACAGCUCAACACAUGUUAAAAACACCGCCCACUGCAGUAACUGAGCAUGAUGUGAAUGUGGCCUUUCAACAGUCAGCACACAAGGUAUUGCUAGAUGAUGACAACCUUCUCCCUCUGUUGCACUUGACAAUUGAGUAUCACGGAAAGGAGCACAAAGCAGAUGGUACUCAGGCAAGAGAAGGGCCUUCUCGGGAAACUUCUCCCCGGGAAGCCCCUGCAUCUGGCUGGGCAGCCCUAGGUCUUUCCUACAAAGUACAGUGGCCACUACAUAUUCUCUUCACCCCAGCUGUCCUAGAAAAGUACAAUGUUGUUUUUAAGUACUUACUGAGCGUGCGCCGGGUGCAAGCUGAGCUGCAGCACUGCUGGGCCCUACAAAUGCAGCGCAAGCACCUCAAGUCCAACCAGACUGAUGCGAUCAAGUGGCGCCUAAGAAAUCACAUGGCAUUUUUGGUGGAUAAUCUUCAGUACUAUCUCCAGGUAGAUGUGUUGGAGUCUCAGUUCUCCCAGCUGCUUCAUCAAAUCAAUUCUACCCGAGACUUUGAAAGCAUCCGAUUGGCUCAUGACCACUUCCUGAGCAAUUUGCUGGCUCAAUCCUUUAUCCUAUUGAAACCUGUGUUUCACUGCCUGAAUGAAAUCCUAGAUCUCUGUCACAGUUUUUGUUCGCUGGUCAGUCAGAACCUAGGCCCACUGGAUGAGCGUGGAGCCGCCCAGCUGAGCAUUCUUGUGAAGGGCUUUAGCCGCCAGUCUUCCCUCCUAUUCAAGAUUCUCUCCAGUGUUCGGAAUCAUCAGAUCAACUCAGAUUUGGCUCAACUACUGUUACGACUAGAUUAUAACAAAUACUAUACCCAGGCUGGUGGAACUCUGGGCAGUUUCGGGAUGUGAAAAUUUCUGGCUCAUAAAGUGAAAUAACAGCCACGUUCCCAAGGUUGUAACAGAAGAUUCAAAACAUCCCAUUCUAGCCACACACAAAUAAGUAUCUGCGGCUUAGUGAUAGGACUCUACCUUUUCUCCUAGAAGCAGUUACUGAACAUCCAGGAGUACAAUUCCUUCCCAUCAUUCCCAUGUGGAAGGGUCUGUCCCAUCAAGGAGAACAUGUGCCAUCUCUGAUCCUUUACAUUGAGAACAUUUGUUGGAUAUGUUCAUUUAGUCAAUAGUCAUUUAUUGAGCACCUAACUACGUGCCUUGGUACUGUUCAAGCUGUGGGAGAUACAGCAGUAAACAAUAUAGAGCAGAAAGUUAAA